AUGAAAUCGUCUUGCCCUUUUUGCAGCAAGAGGUACAGCUCCUCCGCGAAUUUUGACAGACAUCUUCGAACGAUCCAUCCUUUGGAAGCAGAUGAAUGGCUGGGAAAUCAAUAUUCACUGCUGGAGCACGAUCAACCUGCAGAGACCCCCGACAACACUGACGAGAGCCCAGAGAGCAUUCCCGAUUACUAUUCAGACACGCAUUACGAUUCAGAGCCGGACAUUUUCGACCAAGAUUCGGGUAACAAUUCGGACCUCGAAUCCGAAUCAUAUUUCGUGAUGGAAGAGGCAGAAGGCGAUUCAAAUGGGCAUAGUAGGGCAUCUACGACAGUUUACGAGGGUGCUGGGGAGCCACUUUACCGCUCGGAGGACUACGACGAGUGCUCACAGAGCCUUCUCCAAUACCCAUGGCACCCAUUCCGGUCAGCAUACGAGUUCAGAAUAGCACGCUAUUUCACACUGUCCAAAGCCUCACAGGGGAACAUCGACAGCUUCUUUCUACACGCUCCGCCGAGUAGUGGCGAGUGCUCCUACAGCACUGGGCGGGGUUUUAUCAAGAGGUUGGAGGAAAUGAACGAUAUACUGGGAAAGGCGAGCUGGAAUCAUUCGGAGGUGGAUAUUGGGGGGGAGAAGAUCUCUUACUACUACCGGGAUCCAAUGGUAGUCGUCCGAUAUCUUCUAGGGCAACGUGCCUUCCGGGAGUCAUUGGUGUAUUCGCCCGUGGUGGAGCAUAAUGAAUUCGGCGAGCGAAUGUACGGGGAAAUGCAUACAGGAGAUUGGUGGUGGGAGAUACAGAAUACGUUACCGGAGGGGUCCACUGUCGUACCAAUUAUCUGCGCGUCGGAUGGCACACAUCUGACAAAUUUCAGCGGGGACAAGAAAGCCUGGCCAAUCUAUCUUACCAUCGGGAACAUCAAGUCGUCGGUGCGCAACAAGCCCACAGGGCAUUCAUUCAUUCACUUAGGGCUGCUACCAGUGCCACCGAAGCUCGGAAAGAAUACAACACUCGCUAAUUCCGUUUUAAGACGUCAGAGUCAAAUGGCACUGCAUCGUGCCCUUGGAGAGAUCUUUCAAACCAUUCGCGAGUGCUCUCAGAAGGGCGAGCUAAUCAAAUGCGCCGACGGCUACGAACGACUAUGCUUUCCGGUGCUCUCGGGCUGGAUCGCCGAUCAACCCGAGCAUUCAAACUUGCAAAACAUUAGCACUAGUGCUUGCCCGAGAUGCGAGGUGGAGUUUCACAAUCUUGGGAGCACUCGUCGAAGCUCUAUGCGCAAACACGAGGACUACAGGGAGAGGGUACAGCUAUUUGGCGAGAACCCGGGCAAUCUAGAACCGGUAGAAUACCUUGUUGCGAGAUCCGUCAAAACACUCUUCAAUGCUUUCUGGGGUAUGCCGAGGGUUAAUCCGUACGAUCUCAAUAAACCGGACAUACUGCACAAUAUUUACCUGGGGAUGUUGAAGCACAUGAUGGAGUGGAUUCAGGGUUUCUUGAAGAAGCAUCAUCGAUUGGAGGAAUUCGACAAAGCUUGGGCUUCGAUUGCGCCUUACUCUGGACUAGCAGUACCAAACAAGGCAUAUCGAACACUCGCGGCUGCUCUGAGAAACCCGGGAGUGGCUGUCAGGAGCGACUUCGCAAAAGCUUUGAAAUGCGUUCGAAGCCUAAUAGACUUCCACUUAAUGGCGCAAUAUGGGAGUCAUACAACGAGCACACUGGACUAUAUGGAGAGCUAUCUCGAGGAUUUCCAUAAACACAAGGAUAUCUUUUUAGAAUUCAGGGCGUACAAGAAGACGUUAAAGGAUGCGAGAGAUCGAACGAAAGCAAUUAGUGGCUCCCAGAGCACCCAGCGAGGCUUGGAGGAGAUCCGGGAGAUUCGGGAAAGAUCGCACUUCAACUUCAUCAAAUUGCACGUCUUAAUGCACUACCGGGAGCACGUUGAGCGCUUUGGUAGCAUUCCUCAAUACUCCACGGACGUCAGCGAGCUUGCCCAUGUACGGCAGGUAAAAGAAGCUUACAGAGCGUCCAACAAGGUUGAUGCUGCGACGCAGAUACUGGACUAUGGAGGGAGGCGAUUGGCGUUAGAGAUUCGAAUUCUGAAUCUGAAAGACAUCGUCGGAGGUUCUGAGAGCACUGACGACAUCCUCUGGAGCCAUCGGGAUAACCUCAAGGAGUUGCUCGACAUUUUCAAGAUCGAGGACCGCAAGAAAACGACAAAUGAACGCUCAAUAGUAGAAAGCGGACUGCCCCUGAAGCGUCUUUGCAACCCCUCCGCGAAAUCGGAAAGACUUUUCAACGUGGCAGACGGACUGCAAAUGAGCCAUCUCACGCUAUAUCGCCUGAUAAAGGAGUAUGCCGAGGAUGCGGGAUGCUCUCAGAGCUUUGCCGGAAGCUCUGAGAGCAUGUUGGAGCGCCGGGUGGAGGUUUUCACAUGCUUGCAGGUUCCGAUACCAAUCUUCCAAAGGCCUGACGUAUACGAGGUUCACAACAUCAGGUGUACGGGAACAGCAUCUUUUAGGAAGGGGAAAAUAAGAAAGGAUUGGGCAUGGGUAUCGGUAGGUUCCUCAGAGCAGUGGGGAGUGUUUCGGGGACGCUUACCAGGACGUGUGGAGGCUCUGUUCAAGGUGCGGGAUAGCACAGGGCGCGCACAUAGACUAUGUGUAGUUGAGCUGCUUGAGGCGAAGGAUCGUGGUAUCGCUGAUAGCUCACAUGGGCUGCUGAAGGUCUGUAGGAGGAGGAGGAAGAGGAUGUGGGUCGUGAAUAUUCGGAGUAUAUUAGGAAUGGCCCAUUUGUUCGAGGUGGAUGUUGGCAAUUGGCUGGUAAAUACUAGGAUAGAUUUGCGUACGUGGAAUGAAUUCAGUUGA